AUGGUUAAGAAUAUGAGUAGGAUGAGCUUGUUUGUCAUUGGCUUGGGUCGUGCAUCAAGCAAAGAGGGCAGAGCUACAAUGCUAAUAGGAGACAUUGACAUAUCAAGGUUCAUGGUUUAUGUGCAGAAGGUUGAAGAAGAUAAGUUGAGGGACAGAGAAGAGUAUAGAAAUAAGAAAGCUAAGACAAUGAGUCCGGGCAACAGAAGAUGCAAGGGGGUAGUAAGGCUCCUGCCUGCACCAAGUGUGUUAGAAACCACUCUAGUGUUUGUCGUGAGGGCUCCACUGGUUGUUUCAAGUGCGGUUGGAUUAAGAAUUUCGUCAGAGUGUACAAAGAACAAGAAAGGAAGUGGUAAUGGGGUAAAUAGAGCCCAGUCUUCAUUAGUUGCUCCACGAGAGAGGCCUGCACCUCGGGGAGCUACUUAUGGUACUGGUGGAGUAACAAACCUCUUGUAUGCUAGUGAACCAUUCAGUGUCUCCAUACUUGUUGGUAAUCCAUUCUAG